ACUAUCUUAAGUGUCGCAGUGGACAGAGCGGGAUGUGGAACGUGGCUGCAGAGGAGGACUAUUAAGACACUCAUUACCGCUGAAGAACCCAGGCUUUUAAUGAGGGACUGGUAUGACUGAGACAAGAAAAAAAACAUGAUAAAGCCAGUGAUCAUAGUUUUCCUGAUCUUUGCAGGGAUGUUGAUGUUGACUGAAGGGAAAAAAUGCACAUGCAAUGGAAUAUCAAGAUGCCACUGUAAAGGAGUAAAAGGCAACAGGGGUGAGAAAGGUAUUCCAGGAGAUCCAGGUCCUUCUGGACCAGGGGGCCAUCCAGGACCCGUGGGUCAACCUGGACCAAUGGGACUAAAGGGCAACCCUGGGUCUGAUGGACCAAUGGGACCGAAAGGCAAUCCGGGACCAGACGGCAAAGUGGGCUUUGCUGGAUCUCAUGGCUUACCAGGUGUUCCAGGUUUACCCGGGCCUCUGGGAACCCCUGGAUACCCAGGCUGCAAUGGAACAGAUGGAGACGCUGGACUUCCUGGUCUUCCGGGAAAUCCCGGUGUUUCUGGAAAGCAGGGACCUCCAGGUCAGCUUGGUCCUAAGGGCAAUUCUCAGGCAACAGCAGGUCCAAUGCCGGGGCCACAAGGACCACCAGGAAGAGAUGGGAAACCGGGUUCUCCAGGCUUGCCAGGAGAGGAUGGACUACCUGGGGACAUUGGACCAAAGGGACCUCAAGGGUCUCCAGGUAACCUUGGAGCUCCAGGAGCCAAGGGCCAGGGAGGAGCCCCAGGAACUCAAGGACCACAGGGUAUGCGAGGUCCACCAGGCCCACCUGGGCUCCCAGGCAGCAUUAAGGAGUUUUUCACUGGGAGCUUGUCAUUAACGGGUAUAAAAGGAGACAAAGGAGAUGUCGGACACAAAGGAUGCAAAGGAGAGCAUGGAGAUCCUGGUGAAAGCAACCACACAAAAGGCCAAAAGGGAGACCGAGGAAACCCAGGUCCAGAAGGAAAGCCGGGAAAGGACGGUGAACCUGGCAAAGGUGGAUUCAGGGGAAGACCUGGGCCCAGAGGGGAUCACGGAUGUCCAGGCACACAAGGAACAAUGGGUGGAAAGGGAAACAGGGGGCCCCCUGGUCCACCUGGAAAUAUACUUGGGACGGAACCACUCAAGGGGCAUAUUGGAGAUCCUGGCCCUCCAGGACUUCCUGGGUUCCCUGGGCAUCAAGGCAUUAUAGGUUUUCCAGGACCCACUGGACCUCCAGGCUGUGGAUUUGGGGUUUAUGUACCCGGCAAGCGUGGUUCCCCGGGCCUCCAAGGGCACAAGGGAGAACUUGGAGAUCCUGGGGGUAUUAACCCAGGACCUCCAGGGCUAGAUGGUGAUCCUGGUGAUCAAGGGCCUCCUGGAGACCAAGGCCCACCUGGACCCUUUUCAAACAAAACUAACUGUGUCAUUAAGGGUCUGCCUGGAAUCAGGGGAAAGAAAGGUUUACCAGGACCUAUGGGAAAUCCUGGGGAAAUGGGGAAUACAGGAGAGAGGGGGGAGCUCUGCCAUAAGUGUGGAUCACCAGGACCACCAGGUCCCCAGGGUCCACCUGGCCUUCCUGGCACUAAUCAGGGACCAGGUGAAAAGGGUGAUACCGGCUUACCAGGUCCUACAGGUUCACCUGGGCCACCAGGCCUUAUGGGUCUAACAGGAUUGCCAGGCCAGCCAGGGCAAAAGGGAGACCCAUAUUUACACGACUCUCCAGGGUUCAAAGGGAAAAAGGGAGAACCAGGACCCCCUGGCAGUCCUGGUCCAGAUGGCUCUCUUGGAUCUACAGGAUUACCAGGAAAAAAAGGCACUAAAGGGCCUCCUGGGGAGUUGCGUCAUCGCACUAGCGUAGAAGGAGACCGUGGUUUUUCUGGUCCACCAGGACCUUUGGGCAAACAAGGACCCGUUGGCUACCCUGGACCAGAGAGUUAUGGACCUCCUGGACUACCAGGGAUUAAAGGAAACACUGGUGUACCUGGUUUGCCAGGAGAGCCAGGAAAUACAGGCCAAAAAGGGGAACCUGGUCCUUUGUGUAUAUACAAAUCUACCCCAGGACCACCUGGGUUUAAGGGUCUGCCUGGCAAUGUAGGAAGCCCAGGUGUUCAAGGGGAGCCAGGUGUUCCAGGAAAGCCAGGCAAUGCAGGACAAAAAGGAGACAGAGGAGACUUGUUGCUUGACGGACAACCGGGGUUCCCAGGGCAAAAAGGUGACAAGGGGAAACCUGGAUCUCCAGGGACUCCAGGUUGGGGUUUACCUGGGCAGCCUGGACCUCAAGGUCCUCCUGGUGCCCCAGGAGAAAAGGGUGACGAUGGCCAUGGACACCCUGGCCUUCCAGGUCCUCCAGGACCACCUGGUGAAAAGGGAGCUCCGGGGCCUGAAGGUGAUCCUGGGAUUCCUGGUCAUUCAGGAAAUCCUGGAACAACUGGCAAGUCUGGGCCUUCAGGAGAAAAGGGAAGAAAAGGUUUAGUUGGACUUCCAGGGCUUCCUGGAAGCAAAGAUUUAUGUAAAGGUUCACCAGGACCGGAGGGAUUACCAGGACCAGUUGGUUAUCCAGGACUUACAGGAGUUAAAGGCUUGCCUGGAGAAAAGGGAAACAUUGGCUCACCUGGGGUUGGUUCACCUGGUCGUCAAGGUGAUCCUGGCCCUUGUGGAUUGGCAGUUGUUGGUCCACCUGGGCCUACAGGGCAAAAGGGGAAAAGGGCUCAAAAUGGCGCGCCUGGUCAGCCUGGACCAAGAGGAGAACCUGGACCUGAUGGUAUUUCAGGACUUGGUCCAGAGGGAAAGCCAGGGAAUGUUGGAAAACCUGGAUUAAGAGGAGACCCUGGUCCUGAUGGAGCUAAAGGUCACCAAGGAGGUCAAGGCAUGGAUGGUAAUCCAGGCGAUAAAGGCCCUCCAGGACCGUUAUGUCCUCCAUGCGCCUAUGGGCUUCCAGGAGACCCUGGAGAACCAGGACAACCUGGUUUACAAGGUCUUGCUGGAGAUCCUGGAAAAUCUGGACCAAAGGGACAGAGAGGAAGAAUUGGACAUCAAGGGGAUCAAGGGCAAAGAGGUCCUCCUGGUGAUGCCGGUAUUGAUUGGCAAGGACCAUCCCAAGGAUGCCAAGGACCAGAUGGAGCCCCAGGAGACUCUGGUCAGAGAGGUCCUGCCGGGCCCAAAGGAAUGAAGGGAGAUCCUGGAGUUCAAGGAGGGCCAGGAGCAGAUGGUGUUUCAGGUCCAACGGGCUACAAAGGAGCUGCUGGAGAGCCAAACUAUGUGCAUGGACCCCCUGGACCCCCUGGGCAGAAGGGUGAACCAGGGCUGAGCACAGAUGGCAUGUUCAAGGGACAGAAAGGAGAACCUGGGACUGAAGGAAAAGUAGGUCCUCCUGGAAACCCUGGAACCAAAGGAAACCCAGGACCUGAUGGAACAAAUGGCUGCAAGGGCAUUCUGGGGCCAACUGGCUCCGACGGCCCUCCAGGAAUUAAAGGACGCAAAGGACCCACUGGACAACCAGGCACUCGAGGCCCACCAGGCCAGAUUGGGGACCAUGGUCCAAAAGGAAGCCAGGGCCUUGAUGGCAUCCCUGGGUCCCCAGGUCAAAAAGGGGACACUGUUGUAAUAGGAGCAUCACCAGGAAGGCCUGGUGAUCCGGGUCCACCGGGUCCUCCAGGGGACACUGGUCCACUUGGCUUGUCUGCUCCAGGGAGUCCAGGAGCAACAGGGGACAGGGGGCUCCCAGGUCUACCUGGACAUCAAGGGGUAAAAGGACAACCAGGAAAAUACGGGACCUGUGUUCCAGGGCCUAAAGGUGAUCGGGGAUUACCUGGCCAUCCAGGAAACAAAGGCUACCCAGGCCCACCCGGUCCUCCAGGUCCCCCAGUGUCAUGGCUUAAAGGCGACAGAGGAUAUCCAGGUAUUUUAGGACAACCAGGUAAUAGGGGGCCCCAAGGUGAUCCAGGCCCUCGAGGUCCACAAGGUCCACCCGGUAUAUCUGGAUCCCCAGGACCGAGAGGAGACCCUGGUCCCUCUGGGAUGCAUGCCCCCCCUGGCGACAAAGGAGAUCCUGGAAAUGUCCCAGGUCCACGUGGUCUGCGUGGGACCAAAGGCUCUCCUGGACCCCCAGGGCGCAAAGGUGAGCCGAAAUUUGUUCACGGAAUAUAUGAACCAGGAUCUGUUGGCUUAUCUGGCCCUAAAGGCAAACAAGGACUCCCAGGAGACACUGGCCCACCUGGAUCAAUGGGACCUCCAGGACCGCCUGGUGUCAAGGGACCGCAUGGAAUUAGCCCAGAUGGUCCUCCUGGAUUCACUGGCCACAAAGGAGACAAGGGAAAAGCAGGACUGCCGGGUCAAUUAGGCAGCCCAGGAAUCUCUGGUCAAAAGGGUCUGAGAGGUUUGCCUGGGAGAACAGCUGCAUGUCAUGAUGAUGGGUUCCUGAUGGCCAGACACAGCCAGACCAUUAAGGUUCCUGACUGCCCUAAUGGCACGAGUCUCAUCUAUGCUGGUUAUUCCCUCCUCUUCAUCACCGGAAAUGAGAGAGCUCACGGCCAGGACCUUGGAACAGUGGGAAGCUGUCUCCCUCGUUUCUCCACCAUGCCCUUCCUGUUCUGUGACACAGAAAGUACCUGUCGCUACGCUUCUCGUAAUGACUACUCAUACUGGCUGUCCACUGAUAAGCCCAUGCCUGCCAACAUGGUUGCCAUCACCGCUGAUAAACUUGCCCCCUACAUCAGCAGGUGCUCCGUAUGUGAAACCACCUCCAAAAUCAUAGCCAUCCAUAGCCAGAACACUCUGAUACCUGAAUGUCCCAGGGGCUGGGAGGCCAUUUGGACUGGUUACUCAUUUGUCAUGCAAACUGGAGCUGGGGCAGAAGGAUCCUCCCAACCCCUGACGUCUCCUGGGUCAUGUAUGGAAAAUUUCCGCCGAGUGCCAUUUAUUGAGUGUCACGGCAGAGGGACCUGUAAUUACUUCCCUGAUUCCUACAGUUACUGGCUGGCGUCUCUUGACCCAAACAACCUGUUUAGUAAACCGGUUCCCCAGACUGUGAAAGGAUUUGCUCCAGAAAGAAUCAUCAGUCGUUGCCGGGUCUGCAAAAAAAUAACCUGACACCCCGGCACUGGCACAGGCCGGAGAAGAUGCUUAAAAUCACAGUGUGUGAAAAUGAUUACUAUUUUAUAGACAUUAUGCAAAUGCACAAAAUUUUAUAGAUGUGGUGUGCUUCACCACAAGGGUGCUGUGACUACUAUACCGUAAAUAAUGAGUGUUUUUUUUUUUUUUUAUUCGCCUCAAUUUAAAUGAUUUUUUAAUUUUCUUUUUCGUGUUCUGUGUCAUUUUGGUAAUACGUGUUACAAGGAGGGCAUUUGUGCCCUAGCAAGCCUAAACUUUGGCAAUUUAUAGCAUACGUAAAUAAUGAAUGUGGAUUGAUUUUACUUUCUUUUUAUCCUUUCAACAUCUGUUCAAUUCUAAUAAAAACUGAAAUUGAUAAUAAUAUGAAUUUUA